AUGACGCAGUUCAACAUUCAAGUGGUUUCCGACAACGUCUGCCCCUGGUGCUACAUGGGCAAGAAGCGGUUGGAUAAGGCCAUUCAACAAUACACGUCGAAAUAUCCCGACUCGCAGGAUACAUGGAAUAUCACAUGGAAACCCUUCUACCUUAACCCCCACGCACCGAAGGCUAGUGUGGACAAAGCAGAAUAUUACCAGUCCAAAUUUGGCCCCGAGCGCACCCGCGGGAUCUUCGCCAACCUCUCCCAGCUCGGCCUUUCCGAAGGCAUCCACUACAAAUUUGGCGGCCGCACCGGCAACACCCGCGACUCGCACCGGCUGGUGCAACUGGGCCGGGAGCGUGGUCUCGGUACGCGCGUCAUCGAGGAGCUCUUCAAGGGCUACUUCGAGAAUGAGCAGGACAUCACGAGCCACGGGUUCCUGCAGACGGCGGGGGAGGCGGCGGGGCUGGAUGCCGCUGAGGUGCGGGACUGGCUGGGGAGUGAUAAGGGGGGGAAGGAGGUGGAUCGGGAGGUGCAGGAGGCGUAUGAGGAGGGGGUCAGUGGGGUGCCGAAUUUCACGGUUGGGGGUUAUGAGAUUCCGGGGGCCCAGGAGCCGGUGGCGUUUGUGAAGUUGUUCGAGAGGAUUAAGUCCAAGGAGAGGGAGAGUAAGGCAUAG